AGUCCUAAGAUUAUAUACUCGGUAGUCCGUCAUCGAUGUUCUAAGGUAGCGCAAGUUACUCGUGAGAGCUGCGCACGCGCUCUAGACCAACUUGCACAUGUUCCUUAUUUGAAUUACUUCAACUAAUUUUGUUUAGUGACUUUAUGGCUACGUCCGAGUGAAGAGGGUUUAGAUAAGUGACGAAUUUUAUAAAUUCCUCGAUCUUGUUCAUUCAAUUUAACAGAAACGAAUCACAGAUCUGAUUUCACAAUUUUAACUAAAUAAUCACAAUUAAGAACAUGUCGGCUGCUUAAGUUGAAGUACCUUCAGCGCAUGCUCGAAACUGCAAUAUUAUUCGCUGAUAGACAACGCAACAUUGUAUAUACACCUCUAAACGCGAUGCUGCAACAAAUUCUGCGUGAUAUGUACGUAGAUCCAGAAAUUCUGGCAGAAUUAGACGAGGAUCAAAAACAAACUUUGUUCUGUAAAAUGCGAGAAGAACAAGUAAAAAGAUGGAAGGCGUGGAACGAUAAACUCGGCGACGAAAUAAUCAAAGAGAAUUCGAAGGAAACAAACAAAAAAAAAGUUAAAUUUUUAUUGGGAAUAGACGACGAACCGUGGGUGUGGGUUAUGGGCGAACACGAGAACGAUAAAAGUAUUGAGGAUAUUUUGAGAGAAGAAGCCGCUGAAAAAGCACGAAUUUUAGCUGUAAAAGAGACUGAAAAAUUAAGAGAAGAAGUCCGUAAAGAAAUGAAGGCGCAAUUAAUAGAAGAUUACGUCGAUUUAACGGCUACAAUCGAAAAAGAUUUACCAAAAUUAAGAAUAGAAGAUGAUGUGGAUAUUUAUUGUUCAGUAGAACAGAUACAAGCUAAAAUACAUUCGAUACCUAAGAAAAAUAAUAAUAAUUACAGUAUUAAUUAUUAUUCUUCGAUUAAUAAUAAAUUUAACGAUGCAUCCGAGGUGAAAAAUACGCGGAAAGUGGCUCAAAAAGUAGCUCUAUGGGAACAGAAACUUCUCAACGAUAAAACCACGGAAAUUUUUCAAAAAAUCCAGAUGAAACACCAGCAAGUCGCCAAAGAAGCUGAAGAGGAAGAAAAACGGAAAGAACAAGUCUGGAGGGAACAAGAAAGGAAAGCGAAAGCUGCCGAGCAACAGAUAAGGGAAAUAGCCAGGAGAGCUCGGGAGGAACAUAAAUUGAAUUCGUCGUUGAAUUUAGACUCUACGUGCGGCGGUACUAAUAGUUCUGGGGUACCGCCUAGUAGACAGGCCGUGAUAGACUGGUAUAAAAACGAGGAAAAAAACAGGCGCGCCGGAAUCGAUUCGUCGAACAACGUAACGCCUUGGUUUCACGGGUUGAUAACAAGACGAGAAGCCGAAAAACUUCUUCUAGAUCAACUUUGCGGUACCUUCUUAGUACGACUGUCGGAAAGAAUUUGGGGUUAUGCCGUAUCGUAUAGGGCGCAAGAAAAAUGCAAACAUUAUUUAGUAAACGCCAUACCUAAAUACAGCUUCGUAGGAAACAAUCAAAAAGAACACGAAACGUUAGAUGAUAUCAUCGCGUUUCAUCGGACGUAUCCGUUAACUGGUGGGGAAACCCUUCAAUACCCAUGCCCUAGAAUAUCUACAGGGGCUAUCGAAGAAGUAUUAAAUUAAAAAUUUUAUUUUUCGUUAUGACGGAAUUUGGAAUUCUGUGAUUGUGACUGGUAUUUUAAAAAAUUAUUUUUUAAGUAAUUUUCUCUGUUUUAAUAUAAAACGUACUACGUGAGAUAUUUGAGUUUCCGUGGCGUCUAUAGCUGGAGAAUCAUGUCAAUUGUAUGAAAAUCAUACUUAUUAUUAUUUAACGUGAAUUGAAAAAAGUGAUAAUUAUACAAAUUUUGUAAAAACGAUACAAUAAAAACAAAUUUUUUGAUUUGUUGUUUUU